AUUCGCUGGGUCAGGGCUGCAGAGGCUCCUGGCGCACCGGCGGGAGCGGAGCCGCGGCGCGCGCUCGCCCGGGACGCCGGCCGCCCGCCAGCCAGAGCGAGCGGCCCGGGUCGCCGAGGGGGCCCGCGCCCCGCCGGGCGCCGCCGCCCUGGCCGCCAUGUGCUCCCAGCUCUGGUUCCUGACUGACCGGCGCAUCCGCGAGGACUACCCUCAGGUGCAGAUCUUGCGCGCCCUGAGGCAGCGCUGCUCCGAGCAGGACGUGCGCUUCCGGGCGGUGCUCAUGGACCAGAUCGCCGUCACCAUCGUCGGCGGCAACCUCGGCCUGCAGCUGAACCAGAAGGCGCUCACCACUUUCCCAGACGUGGUGCUCGUCCGGGUGCCCACACCCUCAGUGCAGUCGGACAGUGACAUCACCGUCCUGCGACACCUGGAGAAAUUGGGCUGCCGCUUAGUCAACCGCCCACAGAGCAUUCUAAACUGCAUCAACAAAUUCUGGACAUUCCAGGAGCUGGCUGGACAUGGGGUCCCCAUGCCGGACACCUUCUCCUAUGGUGGGCAUGAAGACUUUUCAAAAAUGAUCGAUGAAGCCGAGCCGCUGGGCUACCCGGUCGUGGUGAAGAGCACGCGCGGACACCGGGGAAAAGCUGUUUUUCUCGCAAGAGAUAAACACCACCUCUCAGACAUCUGCCAUGUGAUCCGCCACGAUGUGCCCUACCUGUUCCAGAAGUACGUGAAGGAGUCCCACGGAAAGGAUAUCCGGGUGGUGGUAGUAGGUGGCCAGGUGAUAGGCUCUAUGCUUCGCUGCUCCACAGACGGACGGAUGCAGAGCAACUGCUCUCUCGGUGGCGUGGGCGUCAUGUGCCCACUGACAGAACAAGGCAAGCAGCUGGCUAUCCAGGUGUCCAACAUCCUGGGCAUGGACUUCUGCGGCAUCGACCUCCUCAUCAUGGACGAUGGCUCCUUUAUGGUGUGCGAAGCAAACGCCAACGUGGGUUUCCUAGCCUUCGACCAGGCCUGCAACUUAGAUGUGGGCGGGAUCAUUGCAGACUACACCAUGUCCUUGCUGCCCAACAGGCAGACCGGGAAGAUGGCUGUCCUCCCAGGACUGUCUAGUCCCAGGGAGAAGAAAGAGCCAGACAGCUGUGCUUCAGCUCAGGGAGUCACAGAGAGCGUCUACGCCAUCAACAGCGGGUCUACCUCUAGUGAGAGCGAGCCUGAACUGGGAGAGAUCCGGGGGUCCUCAGCAAGCACAGAGGGGGCCCCGGCCCCCAUGCUGCCCGACCCUGGCUACAACAUUAACGCCAGGAUUGCUUCAGAAUUAAAACUUCAGUGAGUUCCUGCUUUUUGGCAGCAUUGAAACCAAAUCCUACUGCUUCCCUAGUAGUUUUGAGCGAAUAAAAUCUGGACUAGUGUGAUUUCAUUUGCACAGAAACUAGAAAUCCCAUCUGGGCACUCAGCAUUCUUUCUAACGAUGAUUGAAGCAAAUGGCCUAGCUUUGUGGUUUUUAUAAACACUAAUAUAAAAACCCUCACCGAGAACAA